AUGGUUUCGUCUUUGUCGUUCGUUCACGCCAUUCUUUGCUUGCUGGCUGUGCCGUUCGUUAUUGCCACUCCUGCUCUCCUGGAGAGAGCCAUCGCCCCUGCUGGUACCCUCGUCGCCCGUCAAUCAGGUCUCGUGGGAUUAAACUUGACAAGCAUCCCGUCUGCGUGCCAAAAUGACUGCAGUGAAGUGAUGAAGCUCAAAGACUGUGGGGUGGACACCAGCUGUCUCUGCUCCGACACGGUCUCAGAUAACAUCGCGAAGUGUUUGAACUGUUUCGUCACAAACGACAACAAAACUUUGCCUCUGAAGGAUGCCCAAACAAAUAUGGAUGCUUAUGUUACUCAGUGCGGCCAGGCCCUUGUAACGGUGAAGGCUCAGAAACUGGGCCCGCAAAGCAACGGCGGUAUCGGUUUGAGACCAGAGGUUUGGGGCUUGGUCGGCAUCGUCUUGGCUGGCGCGGUAGCUUUGUUGUGA